AUGGUCUGCAGUUUGCCAUUUCAGAUUGGAAAGAACGUUUCAGUGAAAGACUAUAAUACUUUUCUUGAUCACAACGAAUCGACCGGGUACAAAUUUUAUUGGGAAAACAAAAACGUUUACAUUAUUGAUAUAGCCAACCCAGAACACGAAGCUGUUGUUACUUUACUUCAAGAUAUCUUCAAAGUCCCUAAUGGCGGUAUUAUCUUUGAUCCCCCGAUAGAUGUUACAGGCCAACCAUUUCAUUGGAAUCCAUCUGAUAACGCAACAAAAAUAGCGUCAGACAUUACAAUUUACCCAGAUGUGGCACAUGUUCCAAAUCCUACUAUCCAACAUCCUGGGCCUCCCCCUAGUGAUGUAAAGGCCAAAUUAUGGACACGUCAAAUACCAGCACCACCAGGGAGUACGUCAUCAACAAAUCCAGCCCUAACAGGAAUAUCUGUACAAGAGUGGGAUUUCGGAACUUUGCAAUUUAAUAGUAAUCAACCUACCGGUUGUACUACUGCAAAUAAUCCUGCCUACCAAGUUAAUAUCCCUGUAUCAGAUGUUUUCUGGGACCCACCAAUCGUUGCGGGAGUUCCAAAUGUUACUGGAUACACUAUCGCAGUCCCUCCUACAGUCACCGCCAAUAAUUUUGUCAUCGAUUUAUAUAGAAUCCAACAAGUUGUUUUAAAAAAACAGCGAAGUGUAAUUUGUUAG